UGCAAGCGGCCUCGACAGGUCAUGACACCGCCGCGGUGAGCUGAGCUUGGAAAUCAGCUUCCGGACCGCUGGAUGCCUGGGUGACAACUUGAGUGCUGAAUGUCCUUGCACGGUGCUGGUUCCAGCAAUGUGGCAGACAGAAUGCUGGAUUUUGCUGUUUUCCUUAGCUGAGGAGCGGAUGCAGUUUAUGAAGGGAGAACAGCCGGCUGAACCAAAAAAGAUGGAACAUGUUGGAACACAGCAGAAAAUAGCUGAAAGGUCCGCAAUUUGGCAAGGUUUCCGUCAUCUCAGCACCUCGGAUAAUGACCGAGGAAUACCGAAGAUAUUUUCUUGCACGGCCCUUUUGACACCACUCCUGCCAAGUUUUCAGCGCAUCGGAAGGGGUACCGAGAUGCUUUGGCAUGUGUUUUUGCAUCGUUUUUGUAUGUUUUUGUAUUGGGGCGAUCCAUGGUGUGGAGAUGGCCAACGAUGAGACCAAGUAUUGGUGGAAGGCAUCGUGCAAGUCUUAUCUUCAAGCCGGAUGGGCUCCUUCAUGGACCUGCUAGCAAGAUGUUGAGAACUGGCUUGGAGUUCUGGGACAGUCAGGACAUGCAGCGUGCUUUGACAGAGACGGAGAAAAAGUGGGACAGCAACGUGAAGGAGUUCUCGGCCAAGCAGACGGAAAGCGCCAAGCGCUUCAUUGCUGAGGUGUGGGCUGCUAUCCGGGAGAUCUUUCAGAAGCUCUGGCCAUUUCCUCGUGAUGCUCAGCCGAUGACCAAGGACGAGGAGGUAGACUUCGAUCGCUCUGGACAAUCUGCAUGGGCCCGUCAGGCUGAGGCAUCCUCCGGCCCUGGAGACAUAACUACUACAGUCACCAAGGUGCUUUCAACAUUUUCAAUCGUGCCAUGCAUCUUGGGCGCGCUCAGAUUCACGUCUUGCUCCUCGGCAGGCCCCGUCGCUUGGCCCGGCUGGUGAGUUGGCAAAAUUGCUUUGGCUCUUGAAUACCUUGAAUGCCAGGAUACAAGGAAGCGAUUCAAAACUUGGAGGAAACAAAACAACAGUUUUACAGCAGCUUUGUGAAUGCCCUGGCGAGCUGCGAGAUGAUGCGAAGCAUCCUGCAGAGCGGCCUGGCGAGUCGCAAGGGUCAAUGCAGCGCUCCGAAGGAUGGGUCAAAAAUCUGGUCGGCGGCGUCGGCGGUGGUCCUCUAUGACCGCUUCUUCCAGACAACCGCAUGAGGUGGACGAAAAACA